ACCAAAAAAGUGAUCAAUUUCAAUUCGACAACAUUGGCAGUCAUCUUUAGCACCGCGCGCGCGGACGUGAGAGCAGAUUGGGACAUUUGCGCCAAGGAGUAUUUUGGUGUUUGGGCUCACGUUGGUUAUUUUUAUUUAAUUUAUUUAUUUCUCGAAUUAGUUUUAAGCAUUUUGUAGCCUACCAUUUGGCGUACCCAGCCUCCUGGAUAUUCUUUACAGAAAGUGGAUACGAAGAGGAAAAUCACCAGGUGUGUUUUAGCUCGCCGGGGAGACUCGGACUUUUCGGCCGUUACCCCUCACGAGCUCUUAGAAUGAUGUCAUACCUCAAACAGGCCCCGUACGCCGUGAACGGCCUGGGGCUCGGGGGCGCGCCCAUGGAGCUCCUGCACCCUUCCGUUGGGUAUCCGGCUAAUCCCCGGAAGCAGAGGCGGGAGAGGACCACGUUCACGCGCACGCAGCUCGACAUCCUGGAGUCUCUGUUCGCCAAGACGCGUUACCCUGACAUCUUCAUGCGCGAGGAAGUGGCUCUGAAGAUCAACCUGCCGGAGUCCAGAGUACAGGUGUGGUUUAAGAACCGGAGAGCCAAGUGCAGGCAGCAGCAGCAGAGCAGCGGGAGCAGUAACAGUGGAAACAGCGCUAAAAUCCGCCCUGCGAAGAAAAAAGCCUCUCCAUCACGCGAGAGUCCCGGUUCCGAGAGCAGCGGCCAGUUCAGUCCUCCAGCCGUGUCGAGCACCAGCUCAUCCUCAUCAUCCUCCUCGUCAUCCUCUUCAAAUUCAAACCUUGGUGGACUGGGCAUGACCAGCAGCUCCGCCUCUGGGGCCACGCCUGUGUCAUCUAUCUGGAGCCCCGCCCCUAUAUCACCCCUUCCGGCUCCUCCCUCCGUCCCAGAUCCCGCACCUCCUACCAGUGCGUCCUGUAUGCAGCGUGCGGUGUCAGGAAGUGGAGGGCCAGCCGGAGUAGCCUCCUACCCCGUGUCCUACAACCAGACGCCCAGUUAUGCCCAGAGUUACCCCAGCACUGCGUCCAGCUCGUAUUUCGGAAGCAUGGACUGUAGCUCCUACCUGGCACCCAUGCACAGCCACCACCCGCAUCACCCUCAGCUCAGCUCCAUGGCGGGUAGCGGGGUGUCUGGACACCACACGCACCCGCAUCACCCUCACCACCUUGGGCAGAGCAACGGGCACCACCACCCUCACCAUCACCCGCAUGCACACACACACCAGGGCUACGGCGGCGCGCCGCUGCCCUUCACCUCCACAGACUGUGUGGAUUACAAAGACUACAAAGACCAAGCUGCCUCACCAUGGAAACUAAACUUCAGUGCAGACUGUUUGGACUACAAAGACCAGGCGGCUUGGCGCUUUCAGGUCCUGUGAGAAGUUGUUGUUGUUUUUUUAAAGCAUUUUUAGUUUCGUUUAGAAAGCCACCACACCAUGAGUAUAGAACAAAUAUCUCAAAACUGUGCUCUAAAGACUUUUUAAGGAGCCAUUUGGGAAUACAAAAACUGGAUGUCAAGGGGGAAAUCUUCUAAAGGAGGAGAUAGACUACUCCAGACUGGUGUUGCAGGAUUAAUCCCAUGCCAAAGGUCUUUGGCUAUCAGCUCUGAUGUCUGUCUGCCUUUACGCCUUAAACAAGCGGAUCCUCUGCAGACUUUUCCGGUCUCUAGCCCUCGCCAGUUCGCGAGGGGAAAAAAAGAAAUACUGUCAUUUCCUCCGGACACGUAACCUGGUUUGGACGUAAUUGCGUAUUUGAAAGACUAAACAAGAUCCACAAACCUCCUUGCCUUCCUCAAUCCACUGCGACUCGCUGCACUUGGACUUCUUGGGUGUCUAUGAAGGCGAUAAAUAUCAAAUAAAAUGAUACGAUGCGAUUGUCCUGCAACAGAGAAAACAAAAAUGUGAACCAAACUUGUUUCCUGUGAAAUGUUCAAAAAUGAGCUGAUACUUCUUCUUCUUUUUUUCUUUUUUUUUUUUUUGCAUUACAUUCAUUAAAUAAACUAUGUUUUAAAUCAAAAUGAAUGUUUUCUUUUUUAUUCUAUAUCGACUUAAGAAUGACCACCACCACAUAGAUUUGAUUUAAACGCACGGUGGAUUAGCGGUUAGCACGUACGCCUCACGCCUCCAGGGUCGGGGGUUCGAUUCCCACCGUGGCCCUGUGUGUGCGGAGUUUGCGUGUUCUCGCCGCGCUGCGGGGGUUUCCUCCGGGUACUCCGGUUUCCUCCCCCAGUCCAAAGACAUGCAUGGUAGGCUGAUCGGCGUGUCUAAAGUGUCCGUAGUGUAUGAAUGGGUGUGCGUGUGUGUAUGUGAUCGUGCCCUGUAAUGGACUGGCACCCGGUCCAGGGUGUACCCCGCCUUGUCCCCCAUGCUCCCUGGGAUAGGCUCCAGGUUCCCCGUGACCCUGAAAAGGAUAAGCGCUAUAGAAGAUGGAUGGAUGGAAACAAAAAACAUAUAAAGGUGCUUUUCAAUAUUCUGCACUGAAAUUGCACGUGACUCUGUAGAGAAUCCCAAACCACACACUACCACACUAAAUAAUCUCAG